AGGAGUACCGUUGUCCACCGUCACGCUGUAGUUGCUAGUCUAGAGUUCUCUAUCUUGAAUACCCUGCAACAUGUCAGAGUUUGAUCUAGAACGCGAAGCGAAUAUCGCUCGAAACCGAGAAUUACUUGCUCAGCUGGGCAUAGAAAGCCCAGUAGCAGUCGUAAAGAUACCAGAGAAAGUCAAAGCUAAACCCAUUCAGCCUAAGAAGAGGAAAGCCAAAGCGUCUCCUCCCCCGCCGCGAGAGACACGGUCGUCUGCUAGACUGAAGAAGCCGGUCAUCGAUCCAAAUGAAACACCCGAACAGAAAAGAAAGCGAGAGAAAGAGGAAGAAGAGCGAAGGAGGAAGGAAGAAGAAGAGCGUUUGGCAGAGGAAGAGCGCGCUCGCGAGGCUAAACGACCGCGACAUCAAGAUCUUGACAUUUCUGUAUUGGGUCAAGAGCUGGACGAAGCAGAGCAGCGUACCUUGAGGUCUACUUUCCAAGCCACUCUCCAGGCUGCGUACCCACGUGGCGUCGCAAGCCAAGACGCGUUCGUAUAUGAUGAUAAAGAAAAGGAGGAACACCGUGCUGUAAUUGAGCUGAAGAAGAAGCUCGCCAGCAUGAAGAUCGUGUCUCGGGCUAAGGUGACUCAAAAUCGAAUAUACUGCGCGGCAUACCACCCGGAAGUCACGAAGGAUCUGAUAUUCUUCGGGGAUAAAAAUGGCCAGCUUGGCAUUUGGGAUGCGCUCGCUCCUGUUGAAGAGGUUGCAGAUGAAGACGAUGAUGUGAGCGCGGACGACAGAGAAGGUGGAAGAUACUGGAGGCUACAGCUUCAUUGGCCUGCUUCUUCGCAAUCUUCCAUAUCCUCAAUCAAGUUUGAUCCCACAGACGCACAUAGUGUAUACACAAGUUCUUACGAUUGCACUGUCCGGAGUCUUUCCUUUACUUCAGGCAUCUCACGUGAGAUCUAUUCUGCUGAGGAUGCUCUAAUAUCCUCUAUUGACCUGACUACAACCGGACAUGAGAUGUGGAUAUCAGAUGCAGCUGGAGGCACUAUUCAUCUGGACCUGCGUGAGGCCAAAUCCAGGGCAAGACGAUACCAGCUAUCCGACCAAAAGAUAGGAAGCGUGAGCAUCAACCCCGUCGUGAAUCAUCUCAUUCUCACAGCAUCAAAUAGUCGUGUUCUACGAGUUUGGGAUACUCGAAAACUCGCCGUCAUUGAAUCCAAACAUCGUUCUAAUGUCGACGACCAUGCUAUCAAUAGAUUCCUAAAGUCUAAGGAUGGUAAGAACUGUCUUCGGGGCGAAUGGAGUCAUGGCAAGUCCGUCAGUUCCGCGUAUUGGGAUCCCAGAGGUCGGGGGAUAGUCAGUACAAGCUAUGACGACAAGAUACGAUUGUGGGAUAUUAAGCCAAUUGCACUGAGUAAAGACGCGGUCUUUCCUUCAUUUCGGCCUCUCACGGAGAUUCGCCACAACUGUCAAUCGGGUAAAUGGGUCUCCGUCUUAAAGGCUCAGUGGUCACCAAACCCUGACGUAUAUCCCCACUUUACGAUUGGUAACAUGGACCAUUCGCUAAACAUUUAUACAGGAAAGGGUGUGCCCCUUGCCAAGUUGGCCGACAAAGCCCUUGUGACUGCUGUCCAAGCUGUCACAUGCUCACAUCCUAGCAUCGUUGAACGAGUGGCUAGUGGUAAUGCUAGCGGUCGCGGUACUUUAUGGGGGCCAUCUAACGAUUGAUUUUGCAUACCCAGCCAUUACUUAUGAUAUCACGCAGCCGUACAUAGGACAUAGUUUCGUAAGGGGCAGAUCCGCGAACUUGCUCUAGCGGCAGAACAAUAAGUGCAGCAUUGUUGCAAUAUUCCGGUACGUUCUUCUAAGAAGACUAAAAAGUCGUCACCUGUGCGAUUCGAACA